CACUACACUUUCCAUCUCCCACUCUUUCUCUCUCUACACUUUCUAUCUCAUCCACCACCAACCAUGGCUCUUCAACUCUGGUCAACCCUCAAAGAAGCCAUCGUUGUCUACACUGGCCUCUCCCCAGCAACUUUCUUCACCGUCCUAGCAAUUCUCAUCACCCUCUACUACAUCGUCACAAGCCUCUUCGGUUCCUCCGACACCCCCCAACGCCAUGAAACGAGGGACUUUGAUGCGCAGAUAGAGCCUCUUAAACCGCCUGUUCAGAUCGGGGAAGUUACGGAGGAGGAGCUUAAGGAUUAUGAUGGGAAUAACCCGGAUAAGCCUCUUCUUAUGGCUAUUAAGGGUCAGAUCUAUGAUGUUUCGCAAAGCAGGAUGUUUUAUGGCCCCGGUGGACCUUACGCCCUAUUUGCCGGUAAAGACGCUAGCAGAGCUUUAGCGAAGAUGUCUUUCGAAGAGAAAGAUCUCACCGGAGACAUAUCUGGUCUUGGCCCAUUCGAGCUCGAGGCCUUGCAAGAUUGGGAAUACAAGUUUAUGGGAAAGUACGUAAAGGUUGGAACUAUCAAAAAAACAGUUCCCGUAACCGAACCAGAAACCACCGGUGAACCUUCAGAAUCCACUUCUAACGAUGCCGACACUUCCAUUCCUCGCGAAAACAAUGAUGCUGCCGAAGCUUCUAAGCAUCAUGAAGAUGCACCCUCAGAAACUCCAGCUGUUGUUAAAAGUGAUGAAAAUGUUCCUUCACAUGUUGAUGCAGAUCAUAAAGAGGAAUAAAUAGGAAGGUUGGAUUGUAAUUCUCCUCAAAUAAAAUAAUGGAAACAAAUACAUAGGAGCUUCUGAUAGAGGUUGAUCCUUUUGUGUGUGUGUGUGUAUUCAGCAUUUAGGCCAACCCUUCAGCAUAAAAAAAUGAACUUGUAGUGUUUAAUUUAAGUUAUUUUGAGCUUGAACUUCAUCCUGUAUUCUAGUAUUCUACAAGAAUUAUGUUACUUAAGAGGUUACAUACAAAUGAACUUUUGUGAUCAGUUACUAAGCCAAGUAUUGAAUGCAUUUAGUCUAUAUUUGUGGUUUUA